ACUAGUCCAGCUGCAUGGGGAAAGUACUGUGAUGCUAGCAGCAUUGCCACAAGUCUGCAACAGGUCGGGAUUAAAGUGCUGCUGGACUUUUGGACUUCUUGGGUCUGCUGGAAGUGAGCUGGAAUAAUUUUGGCUCCAGCAUCCAAACAGGGCUCAGCUUCCCUCUGGUGUUGAAGAUCUGAACUUUGGAGAACUUCAGAACAGGGUGACAUGGCAGCGCUGAGAGAAACUGACUACGUGUGGAGAGAGAUACAUGGGGCAAAGUUGGCUUCUCUCUUUGGCCUGGACCAGGCAACCAACCAGGGCAACGAGUCUUUCCAGUACACGGCCCCCAAACAGCCUCGCAAAAGCUCCCUAAACUCAGGUGCACCUGCUCAGAAAACUGCUCCCCCUGGCUCUCCUGCAGUGCUCUUUGCCACAGCAGUCCAUGCCUACCGAUAUGUUAAUGGACAGUACACAAAGCAAGGCAAACUGGGUGCUGCAGUUUUGGGAAACCACGCUACCAAGGAGUAUAAAUUGCUGCUCUAUGCUAGUCAGCAGAAACAGGUGACUGCUGCCAGGAUCCACUCUGCCUUCAUCUUCACUGUCCAGCCCAGUAACUACUGCGCCUUCUAUGAUGAUCAGAGACAGAACUGGUCCCUGAUGUUCGAGUCUGAAAAAGCAGCUACAGAUUUCUGCAAAGAGGUGUGUUUGGCUAAGGUGAACUGCGCUGCUCAGCUCGAGACAGUAGUGAUCCAGGACCUGGUUCUGGGGGAGGGUCAGGAUGUGGAGAACGGAGACUCACUGGAGGUGGCCUACACAGGCUGGCUACUGCAGAACCACACAUUCGGCCAGAUGUUUGACUCUAACCUGAACAAGGACAAGCUACUGAGGCUAAAACUUGGAGCUGGGAAAGUCAUUAAGGGCUGGGAGGAGGGAAUGUUGAACAUGCGUAAAGGUGGAAAGCGUCUGAUGGUGAUUCCUCCAGCUCUAGCAUAUGGCUCAGAGGGCGUCCCGGGACGGGUUCCAGCAGAUAGCACUCUGGUGUUUGAGGCGGAGAUCCGCAGGGUAAAGUUUGCUAAGGAUGGUGGCUCUGAAAGGAUGCCUGUUGGCUCCAGAGACUCCGCUGUCCCCUCACCUGCCCCCAGUGUGGACAGCCUGGGUCCUGACCUCAGCCAGCAGGUCCCCAGCAUUGUUUCAGCCCCCAGCAAAUUAAGUGAACAACCACUCAGAGCUAAGUCCAACUCGCUAAGUGAGCAGUUGUCUAAUCCUGAUGCCACAAAAGCCAAACUUAUCUCCCGCAUGGCCAAGAUGGGUCAGCCCAUGCUGCCUUUCCUCGCUGGGGCUGCGUCAUCGUCCUCACAAGCAGAAUCUAGUGACUCUGAGCUGGAGGACCCAAGUGUAACCCGUCUAAAGGAGCGUCCUGCAGCUCCUUCUCCUCAGCCAGUCCACCUUUCCUCAGCUCCAUCAGCAUCCCUACAGGCAACUGCCUUAAUUCCCAUUUCCAUGACUACUGCCGCUCCCCAGCCUGUGAUGCCUGCUGCGGUCCAUGCUUUCCAGCCUGUUGGACAGAUGUACCCUGCUCAGACUGUGCCUUACCAAGGGAGUAGCGAUGUCACGUCCUUCUUAAUGACUGAGGCCCGGCAGCACAAUACAGAGAUCCGAUUGGCUGUUGGUAAAGUGGCCGAUAAAGUGGACCAGUUAUCUGCCAAGAUGGAGGACCUGCACAAGCAAGGUGGACUCUCGCAAGGCUUGUCUAACGUUUCAAUGGAAACAGCAAUGAUCAUGCACAACAUUCAGCGCAUUAUCCAGGAAAACGAGUGCCUAAAAAAAGAAGUGUUUGACAAGAGCUCACGCAUCGAAGAGCAAAACCGCAAAAUAGGAGAACUCAUCAACCAGAAUCAGAGGUACAUGGAGCAGAGUAAUCUGUUGAUGGAAAAGCGGAACGACUCUUUGAAGAACUCGAGUGAGCAGAACCAGGCUCGAAUACUGCAGGCAGAACAGGACAAGCAUGCACUGCCACAGGACCUGGGCAGGAACCAGGCUCGGUUGACUGAGGAGUUGGCAAGCUCUACAGCACGGGUGUCUGAACUGCAGUUGGAGCUGACUGCACAGCGGCAGAAAUCUGCAGGGCUGCAGUCCAGUCUGAGUACCGCCCUGCAGGAGAGUCAGCAGCACAGCGAACAGAUCAAGGCCUUGGAAAGCCAGCUGCAGGAGCUAAAAGACACAGCAGAACAGACCCAGACUCAGUACAGAGCAGAGAAACAGAAGCGGAAAGAGGCAGAGUUUAAACUUAGCAGCCUGGAUGAAGAACUGCAAGACCUGAAGAGUGAGAAAGAGAGUCUAGAACGAACUCUGUCAGACAGGAAGCGGAAAUGGCAGGCAGAAAGGCAACGCUGUGAUGAGGAGCUUGAGGACUUGAGGAAAGCCAGUCAGCUGGAGCUGGACACCCUCCGCAGCCAACUGCGCAAAGCCAGGACCAGCACUGACCAUGCAGCAGCUGAACAGUUGGCCCAGAUGCAGGCUGAUGUGGAGCGUGAGUGGCAGGCUAAGUGUGAGCAGACCCUGGCAAAGGAACGGGAGCAACAAAGCAGACAACUGACAGAACUCACGGAGCAGAGAGACACAAUACAGCUCAAACUUACUCAGUUACAGGAAAAGUUCUCUGCUCUCAAGCAGUCUCGCGAGGAGGAGGAGCAACGGUUACUACAGCAACAGGAGCAGGGGGAGGAGCUUCAAGCCCUGAAAGAGAAGUGUUCUGCAUUAGAGCAAAGAGCACAGGUACUGAAACAGCAGGGAGAAGCUCGUGUUUCAGAGUUGGAAAGGAGACUGGCAGGGCAGCAGCAGCAGACCGACACUUCAGGAGAGGUAAAGCGCGUGAUGAACGGUGUGUUCCACUCUUUGCGGGGGGAGUUUGAUCUCCAGGAGUCAUACAGUGGUAGUGAUGUGCUGAAAGUGAUCGUCAGCACCAUUAAGAAUGUCACCCUCCAGCUGCUUUCUAAAGAUACAGACUCUGCCCAGAGCAGUGAAAGAGUGGAGGAUGAAGAAGAAGAGGAGGAGGAGGAGGAGGAGAGGAAGAGUGAACCACAACCUGAGCAAGAAAACCUUCAGCAGGAGCUCCAUGUAAAUGGAAGCAGAGAGGAGGAGGAGGAGGAGGAGGAUGAACCAGUGCUGGCAGUAGAAGAGAGGAGAGAUGCUCCGGAAGAGGUGCAGAAGAAAGAAGACAAUGAUGGAGGGGCAGAAGAGCAGCAGAGCAAAGAGGAGAAGGCUGAACCAAAAGCUGUGAAAGAAGAAGUGGAAGAGGACAUGAGUGCAAAUGCAGAGCUCAAUCAGGCUCCUCCGACAGACAGUGUCAGUGGAACAGUGGAGAUCCAGACUGAGAAGGAUGAAGAACUUUCGGAAGAUGAUGGAAAUGUAGUUCAGGAGAGUGAAAUCACACCUGAAGAGGAAAUUAAGGUCGAAAGUGAAAGUAUUUUGGAUCCAUUAGGUCAGCCAGAUGAGUCCACGCCCAUCGGACCCCCGAAGAACCCCCCGCCACCCCCGAACCCUUUGCAGGAGGACACCACAGAAACAACUACAGAAACAACUACAGAGGCUAGCAGCACGUCUGAGAGGGUACAAGGGGACAAUUCAGAGGAGCAGUUUUUCCAGAGCCCCGCCCCAACAAAACCCCCACCGGCCCCCACCACCGAUGAAGAGGAUGAAGAGCUGAGCUUAAAGGGACGUCCCCCUCCUGCCCCUCUGUUUGGUGAUGACAGUGAAGAUGAUGAUCUGGACUGGUUGGGUUGACUUCACUCUUAACUUAACAGUAAAAAACACCAGUGCCUGUCUACAGGUUAACGGUUGCCAAGAACGGUUCCCAUCUGGGAGGAACACAAGAGCAUGGAACAAGGAGUCGGAACUGAAGCUCCUCCAUUUCCGAAACCUUUUAGUGUUAACAAGUUCAGAAAUGUUAAAUGUUUUCAUUCCUGAAGGACACCAGCGCAGCGGCUAAUACAACUUGACCUUCAGACAUGAACUGAAUCAGCUGUUGUUCAAUUUGAAAACCAAUCAUCUGUAUCUACAUACUGUCACGCAAAACCUUGCAUCUCCAAAAUGCCAACGUUUCAUGGACUUUUAAUGGAAGUCAGUUUAAAAAGAUUUUAUUGGUCCAUUCAUCAUGAAAUUCUGAUCCAAUAAAAAGAAAGGACAGAGUCAUGUUCUGUCAAAAGGUAGGGGAGAAAAAAAAAACUAUAAAUGGAGAUACAAGGUUCGAACUCAAAUUCAUCUCUUAUAAUAAAUGUUCAUCAGUAGCCUGAAAUGUGAUCAGUAAUGACUCUCUUUUUUUUUCAAGUUUUAAUCUGCAAUAAUUUAUGAUUGAAUGUUUCUCUUGUGAAACAGGGUUUUAAUGUAGAAUGGUAAGAACAGUGAUUAUGUUGGCUUGCUACUACAGGGACAUGUCUUAGUAUUUGUACUUUUUGCUAACAGAUACAUAUUCUGGAAUAAUAAAGGAACGGCUGGAUCAUUUCUUCAA